UCAGGUCUGCUGGGUGUGAUGAAGACCUCUGGAGGGUUUUUAAUUAGAAACAGAGGCGGUCCAUCACUCCUCCUGGGAAUCCUGCUGGUGCCGUUCCCUGACAGAGCUGGACCUACGGACUGGUGAGCCUGGUCCAGCACUGAGAACAUGCUGAUGGAGCCAGGAGGAAGGCAGUCCACAGUACCACCUGCUGACCACGGCACACACAGCAGCUCCUCUCAGCGAGUCGUCCCCACCAAGAGACGCUAACUAUAAAAAAUUAUGCUGCAGAGAUGGAGAGAGCGGAGGAGGAGAGCUGGGGGCUUCAUUUUCAGCAUGCAUGUGUGAGGAGAGGAGAGGAGAGGAGAGGAGAGGAGAGGAGAGGAGAGGAGUGUGUUAUUUCCAGCUGAGGAUCAGUGGGAGGAAGCUUUCUAUCCUGCUGGGGGAGGAGGAGGAGGAGGAAGAGGAGGAGGAGAAGAGCUCCGAGUCAGAGCAUCGUUUCAGAAACACCAACAGAAGGAGGUUUGUCAGAGGGAGGAGCCGACAGAGAGGCAAGCAGAAGGAGGGAGGAGGAGAUGGAGAGAGGAGGAGGCAUUUCCAGAGACAUCUGAGCAGCAGGAGAACCGGGGAGGAGAACCAUGAGGCAGCAGCAGCAUCAGUGAGGUGGCAGUGGGCGGGGCCUAACCCGCUCAGCCACCAUCUGAUUGGUGGCCUGUGAUGAUCGCCACAGGCGGCCUGCUGAGGAUCAACGCGCGGCGACAGGACUCCCUGAGGUCCAAAGCACACAGACCACAUCCACACAAGAAAAAGAACAAGAACAAAAGACGCAGCGAGGUGGUGGUGGUGAAAGGGAAGCUGAAGCUGUGCUCCGUCCCAGGUCUGGUCGCUGUCCUGGGGAUUUUGGUCCUGCUGGUGGGGGUACUGAUGGCAGCUCUGGGCUACUGGCCUCGUGAUGGACUGUUCUUCAGCUCUCAGCCACAGGAGGGCGCCGCUAUGGCCCUAAUGUCCUUCAGCAGUCCAACACCUGCCCUUGGCUGGAGUCCAGGAGGAAACCAGGUGGGAGGAGCCGGAUCGAGGGCACAAAAUCAGUGUUGGAAGAGAUGGAGGAGAAGAGGAAAAUGGCUUCAACCAAACAGAAGUCACCAAUGGGACCACCCAACAUCUUCCACGAGGAUUUCUAGAAGAUUUCUUGGACAGGUAUCUCUACUCUGAUCGUUUGAAGGUCUUUGGCCCGCUCAUCAUGGGGAUUGGGAUAUUCCUCUUUAUCUGUGCCAAUGCUGUCUUGCAUGAGAACCGCGAUAAGAAGACGAAGGUCAUCAACCUGCGGGACAUCUACUCUACAGUCAUUGACCUCCAUAGUGUACGAAAGCCCCACCCUUCUUCUGGCUCCACCCACCAACCAUCAGCCAAUCCGCUCAAUGGCAUCAUUAACUAUGUCCAGUCACGGAGUCUGGAGUCAAAGUCCCGGGCAUGCCCCGCGGCCUUGCUGUCGUCAAGGCCGCCCCCCAGCAGCAGAGGAUCCAGUGAUGAAGGGGGAGGUCCAGUCUUUAGUAUCUAUCAGCAGCAGCCACAUGCAUCUCCUCCCUCCUCCUCUGAUGGACACUCUCUGCCACAAACCUACAAUCCCUGCUGGACCUCCCACCACAAGGAGGUGCUCAGCUCCUUCACAUUACCCCGGCCUCGUCAGCGGUCCCCUGGCCCUCGCAGGAGACACUCCUUCUGGGCCGGGAACAGCCGGGAAGAAGAGGACCAGAAGAAGAAACAGAUGCAACCACCGCCUCUGUGUGCCUCUACUCCUCCACCUCACGGAGGCUCUGAGGCUUUGCUCCUCCUCUCCACUUCCUCCCUCUCUUCUCUGUCCCACCUACUUUCCUCCUCUUCCUCCACACCAGUCCCGCCCUGUAGAAGGCGGAGCCUCCCAACCGCACCAUUCAACACAGCCUACAGCGAACUAACUCAAGGAGGUAACGAGUCAUCUGAGUGUUCUUCAUCACAUAAGGUGACCCCAGAGGGCCGGGCUCAACACUCACAAAAAGCUGCACACAGAGACGGAGAACCAGCAAAGAGAACCUGAAGUCACCCUGUGGGGGGAGGAGGAAAACAUGGAAGGUCUACAGUCCAACUGAUGAAGCUCAUGAUGACAAACCGUAGCAAUAAUGAGUCUUCCACCUGAGACACGCCACAACAUGAGUCCUCCUCUGGUUCAGCACAAAAGUGUUAAGGGUGGAGGCAGGCUCUACUGCUCAGCACAAACAUUUGCUUAGUUUUAAUGUUUGUACUCACGAUGGGCUGAUUAACCCAACCUAGCCCCAUCCUGUUCAAUUAAACCCAACCCAGACUGACCCUUACUGACCCGUUCAGGGAGCACUGGCAGAUUAUCAUAUCCUUGUUUGCCUGUAAGUAAUGCUCACUAACCCAGACUGAACAAACUAAAGCAGACUUCCCCAACUAGUAAAAUAAAAAAUAAAAAAAACCUUGUUUGAUCAAGCAUUGACUCAAAACUAAUAUAGACUAACCCUAAGUAAUGUAAUUCAGACUAAUUACUCAUUUAACCAGCCCAAAAUGACUGUAACCAAUCCAUUCAGUAGAUCACAAAUUAUCAUAUCAUGUUUACCUGUAAGUGGCCCUUACUGAUCCUGAGUAAUCCAACAAACCAGGUUACCUCAACUAAUCAAAUGUUAACCAGUUCAACAAACCCUGAUUGAGUUAACCCUGACUACUCUAAUCUAGACUAACCAUUAACUAAUCUAACCAACCCAGGCUGACUCUACCCAACCCACUCAGGAGACCACAAAUUCUCAUCAUGUCACAGUUUACCUGAAAGUAUCCCCAAAUAAUCCAAACUAAUCAAACUAACCCAGAUGAUCCUGAUUUAUCAGAUGUGAACUAACUCAACUUUACUUAAUUAAUGUUACAUUACCUAAAGUACCUAAUAGUGAUUAACCCUAACUAAUCUAACCCUAAACCAGUCCUAACCAGUCUAACCAAGACUAAUUAACUAAUCUAAGAUAGACUAAUUUUAACUGAUCUAACUAACCCACUCAUACUAACCUAGAUUAACCCUUGCUAAUCUAACCCUAGACAAAUUCGUACCAUUAUAACCCAGACUAACUAAUUAAACCUAGACCUGUCCUAACCAGUUUAACCCAGACUAACUAAUCUAGACUAAUCUUAAAUGAUCUAUUUCACUCACUCACCUAGAUGAAUCUUUAUAAAUAUAAUCUAGACCAGUCAUAACCAGUCUAACUAACCCAGACUAACUAAUCUAACAUACGCUAAUUUUAACCAAUCUAACAAACCCACUCGCACUAAUCUAGAUUAAUCCUUACUAAUCUAACCUAGACCAGGGCUACCCAGUCUAACUAACCCAGACUAACUAAUCUAACUAACUGAACUGAUCCAAUGAUUGGUUGAUCAAGGCUGCAGGUGAGGACAGGUUUUGAUCCAACUGUUUUACCUUCAGGGUUUUAUUCGUCCUCAAGCUGACCAUGUGUUCUGCUUUAACCAAUCAGGAUCACCGACAUCUCACAGCUGUCAUGGCAACCACAUCGGUCACUGGUUAGGAUGUUCAGGCUUAUUGGUGCACAUUCUUCAGCCGGGCAGCACAGAGGAGAACUUAUCAUGACUUUGUUGCUUUAACCAACCCAUCCAGUGAGGCGGGUUGGGUUACCUGGACAAUCCUGACUAUGGGUAGCGAACUCACCUGGAUAGACACCACAGGGACUAAUGUCCACAGAUGUGUCUGGAUUACUACGUCCUGUGGUGGCUUCUGCUGCAUCUUCUCUCUGAUUUCAGCCUUUCUGCAGGUCAGCGGCAGAGACAUCCCUCGGAUGGUUCUUCUACGUUUGGGUUCUGAUUUCUUUAACUGCUGUUGUUGCAAUAACAGCAGACAGGUUUCCAUCUUUAAUGAUUGCAGUGCAUGUUCUUUCUACCUUCAGUAUCUUCACACUUUUAUGUUGGAACGAAGGUUCUGUAAUGUUUGUAGAACGGAUAUUUCAGGGACUAAUUUUCAUGGUGGAUGUGGAAGUCUCUGCUGGGUUGGACCUGGAUGCCUGGACAGACUGUCCAUCCUGACUGCAGGAAAUCAUGGAGGGCAUGUUGUUGUUUUUACUGCAUGUUCAUGAAGCUCCUCCGUCUGAGCUGAGGAUCACAUGACUUACUUUGAUGAUCACAUCCGACAUCUUUUUUACGAGUUGAGUUAUUCCUCAGAACUGAAUCACGUUCUCCUCUAGAAUGCAGCUCCACAGGGUGGGAGGAGAUAACAUCUGGAAAACAGUCUAUAAAGCUCCACCUGCCCACAGAGGAACCUUCACAGACUGCAGAACAAUAGCAGAAAUGUUUUUGGUGGACUGAACCCAACUGUCACCAACAUGCUCUAAUUUAGAAUUUGAUUCUGCUUGAAUUGGCCGUUGACUUUAAACCUAACAGUGUGGAAACAUUUAAAAAAAGUUGAUCGAACUCCAUAUUUGUGCCCCUGGAGUUUCAUUGCUGAAGAUCCUCUGAACAUGUUUUCUGUUUAUAGGUCUGUUUGUACCGGGUUUGUUCAAACUGAACCAGAUCAGUUAAAUCUGAAGAGAGUUUACAGUUUUUUUAGCUGAUUCCUGUUUGAUUGAAUAUUUUUUUUCACUUUGAACUGAUUCCUGUCAGUUUUAAUUGGCUCUUCCCAGAAUGAACUGAUUCCUGUCAGAACUGAUUCUUCUUAAUUUGAACAGAUUCCUGUGAGGCUGAACAGAACCGUGUGAGUUUACAGCCUGGAACUGUGUCUUUUAACGUGAAUGUAUGUGAUUAUGUGACCAUGGUUGUGAUCAUGGUUCUGCUGCAGAAGCUGUUCGGACUCUAAGAUGAACUCUCCCUUUUUGCUCUAAAGUGAAACUUGUAGCUUCACGAUGUCUUCCACUGAAUGUUACUUCAAAUAGCACAAAUUGAGUACAGAUGAGGGAUUGUCUCCUUAAAGAAUCCAAAUAAAGCACAUUCCUGUCCAACUGA